AUGAUGAGAUUAACAACAAUAAGCUGUGGCCUGAGCUUCCUAUCACCUAUAUACGCACGAGUCAUCUCUGACCCUUGUGCUACAACAACCACUCUCCCUGUCAUUACCGUCACAAAAGGCCCCAAUGGCUAUUACAACCAGUACACCCGCACAUAUCAAGAGUUUUACCCCCAAGGCCUGACAUCAAAAGUUUACACUAUCACACAAUUAUGUUCAAGUGUGAAUUGUCAGCCCUUACCUAUCGAGACCGCGCCUCCACCUGGCUUCACAUCUGCUGUGGUCAAGUGUGACAAGUGCGGAGGCUCGGGGACAAAGGUCGCUACUUUGACAUUCCCAAAUGAGUCUGCGCAAGCGUAUUCAUCUUCUGGAUAUGUUGUUGUACCCAUUGCACAACCAACGCAGAUUCCUCUUGGUCAGAGUGAGCAAUCUCAUAGCAGCUCUGUUUCUGAGAAUAGUUCUUCUAGUUCUGAUGCUGGUAAUGCACUGAAUAAUCACGGUACUUCCCUUUCUACAAACAAUUCUCCAGACUCUGGGGAUUCAGCCGCACAAGACUCCGGCAGUGGAAGUCAAGAGAUCCAAGAUAUUUCCAACAUUGGAUCCAUGCAGCCCCAAUCAAACAAUGGAGACUCUUCAGGUGAUGGUGAAUCGUCUGAUGAGACAGAUUCCGUCACCCCUGGAUCUAGGCCAUUGUCCGAGACACCUACCGCUGGUUAUCAAUUCUCUCCCUCCAACUCCUCCCCUGCUGGCUCCGAUGGCCAGUCUUCGUCGUCAAUGGACGACACAGAAUCAUCUGAUACCGCCGCCACAGGAGAUGAGAACCCAUAUCCCAUUUCCAACCAGAAAGUCGGCAACCCAUAUGCAGGUGACACUUCUGGUGCAUCGAGUAACGGAUCCGGCUCGUUGGGCAAUAACUCCCCCUCUACUGGAAGACCAGCCACAAAAGUCUUUGGCGAUGAUAGCUGGAGUCCCGAUUCCCCGAUCACUAUCAAUAGUGCGGGCCAUAUCAAGACAAAUGUCGUUAAAUGUGUAUUGGCGAACACUGCUGGCAUGUUCGUUCUAAGGUUGCUGGUAUAG